CCUCCCUCCGGCCUGCCACUCGAAGGUUCAGCUCGCAGGGCGCUUCCUUUUCACCAGGUAUUGGGGGUCAAGCCCAGGAGUGCUCAUCCAGCAAGCUAUUUCUCCAGCCUUUUUUUUUUUUUUUGAGUCAGGGUCUCUCUAAGUUGCCCAAGCUGCCCACAGACUUGUGAUCUUCCUGCUGAAGGCUCCUGAGUAUGCGCCAUUGUGCCUGGCUCUACACUUGGAGGUAUGUUCCUAAAACAUCCCUGAGUUCUCCACCUUGGCCAGAAGUCGUUCUACCAGACCCAGCUGAGGAAACCAGAUACCACACAGAGGUCGUGAAGAAGGUGAACGAGCUGAUCGCCACAGGCCAGUACGGCCGGCUCUUUGCCGUUGUGCACUUCGCCAGCCACCAGUGGAAAGUGACCCCCGAAGACCUGAUCCUGAUUGAAAAUGACUUAGAUAUCAAGUGUGGAGAGAGGAUCCGGCUGGAGAAGGUCCUGCUGGUUGGAGCAGACAACUUCACGCUGCUUGGCAAGCCACUCCUUGGAAAGGAUCUUGUUCGAGUUGAAGCCACAGUCAUUGAAAAGACAGAAUCAUGGCCAAAGGUCAACAUGAAGUUUAAGAAGAGGAAAAACUACAGGAAGAAAAAAAUUAUCGUGAACCCUCAGACCAUCCUCCGGAUUAACACCAUUGAGAUUGCUCCAUGUUUGCAGUGAUCACCGAGCUGACAUCUAAGUAUAAUAUAGCUGGGCAUGACGGCACACCCCUGGGACCCCAGCACUCUGGGAGACCGAGGCAGGAGGAUCAAAAGUCUGAACCCAGCCGGGUGUGGCGGCGCAUGCCUGUA